UAAAUCUAGUGGUAAGACUCAGUUGUAAACUCUACUGCCUUCGUAGCGCGUUUUCCAGAAAAAAAAUUUUAACACGUCUGCAGUAGUGUGUGUAUGCGUUAUUGUGAGAUAUCAAACAUGGCGUAUAGUAAUGUUAGCAGGGAUUUGCCCGAUAUUGAGAACCUGCUUGCUCUCAACCCAAGAGUCCGACGUCAUGCAACAGUAGUUCCCAGUGAUGCCACCAAAAAAGGAAAAGGACAUUGGAAAAGAAAUGACUCCAAGGAAUGUUCUUCUUGUACAAGUGAGUCUAACCUAUAUAAAAAUUUUGAUGACAUCAAACAUACAACUUUGAGUGAGAGAGGGGCUCUAAAGGAAGCAGCCAGGUGUUUGAAGUGUGCUGAUGCCCCGUGCCAGAAGAGCUGUCCCACCCAACUGGACAUUAAAUUUUUUAUUUCAUGCAUUGCCAAUAAGAACUAUUAUGGUGCAGCCAAAACUAUUUUCUCUGAUAACCCUUUGGGUCUGUCAUGUGGUAUGGUAUGUCCGACUUCAGAUCUCUGUGUCGGAGGAUGUAACCUAGAUGCUACAGAAGAAGGACCAAUUAACAUAGGUGGUCUGCAGCAGUUUGCAACAGAGAUGUUUAAAGAGAUGAGAGUUCCACAAAUCAGAGACCCAAGUCUUACACCACUUGAUCAACUACCAGAAAGCUAUAAAUCUAAGAUAGCACUGAUUGGUUGUGGACCUGCCAGUAUCAGUUGUGCCAGUUUCUUGGCCAGGCUGGGUUAUUCUGACAUUACUAUUUUUGAGAAAAAAUCAUAUCUCGGUGGGCUGAGCUCCUCAGAGAUUCCUCAGUACAGAUUACCUUUUAGUGUUGUGAGUUUUGAAGUGGAACUAAUGAAAGAUCUUGGUGUUAAGGUUAUUUCUAAUAGAUCACUGGAUCCAGAUGACUUGACUAUAAACAAUUUAAGACAACAAGGAUUCAAGGCAAUUUUCUUGGGUUUAGGCCUCCCAGAUCCCAAGAAGAUAGAAAUAUUUCAAGAACUUACCCAAGGACAAGGGUUUUAUACAUCUAAAGACUUUCUACCACUUGUUUCCCAAGCUAGCAAAGCAGGUUUGUGCAGCUGCAAGUCUCAGCUACCUGAUCUCCAUGGCAAUGUGGUCGUGUUGGGGGCUGGUGACACAGCGUUUGACUGUGCUACAUCAGCGUUGAGAUGUGGGGCCAAAAAGGUUUUUGUAGUGUUCAGAAAAGGUUUCACUAAUAUCAGAGCAGUUCCUGAAGAGAUGGAGUUGGCUAAAGAAGAAAAAUGUGAAUUUCUUCCUUUCUUGGCUCCGAGAAAAGUUCUUGUCAAAAAUGGUCACAUUGCUAGCAUGGAGUUUUUACGAACUGAGCAAAAUGAAAAUGGAGAUUGGAUUGAAGAUGAGGAUCAGGUGAUCAAACUGAAAGUUGAUUUUGUUAUUUCAGCUUUUGGUUCAGGGAUUACAGACUCAAGGUUGAAGGAAGCUAUGAAUCCAGUUAAGAUCAACAAAUGGGGGCUGCCUGAUGUGAAUCCUGAGACUAUGACAACCAGUGAGCCUGAUGUGUUCUGUGGUGGUGACCUCGCUGGUGUGGCUCAGACGACAGUAGAAUCUGUAAAUGAUGGCAAGGUGGCAUCCUGGUUUAUACACAGAUAUCUUCAGACUUUGUACAAUUUGAGCACCCCAGAAAUACCCAAUCUUCCAAAUUUCUUUACACCAAUUGAUCUGGUGGAUGUAUCAGUGGAAAUGUGUGGACUUAGGUUUCCUAAUCCAUUUGGUUUGGCCUCUGCCACACCUACAACAAGUAGCCCAAUGAUUAGGAGAGCUUUUGAAGCAGGCUGGGGAUUUGCUUUAACCAAAACAUUUUCACUAGACAAGGACAUAGUAACAAAUGUUUCUCCCAGAAUUAUCCGAGGUACUACUAGUGGCCAACUGUUUGGUCCUGGACAAGGGUCAUACCUUAACAUAGAGCUAAUUAGUGAGAAGACAGCUGCUUAUUGGUGUCAGAGUAUCACUGAGUUGAAAAAAGACUUCCCAGCUAACAUUGUGAUAGCCAGUAUUAUGUGUGCAUAUAUAGAGGAGGACUGGGUGGAACUAGCCAAGAUGGCAGAGGCUGCUGGAGCUGAUGCACUGGAAUUGAACUUGUCCUGUCCCCAUGGAAUGGGUGAAAGAGGAAUGGGCCUGGCCUGCGGACAGAAACCCGAACUAGUCAGAGAUAUUUGUUCCUGGGUGAGAAAAGCUGUGAACAUUCCAUUUUUUGCCAAGCUUACACCCAAUGUCACCAACAUUGUGGAUAUAGCUACAGCUGCUUAUGAAGGAAAAGCAGAUGGUGUCACAGCUACCAACACUGUCUCUGGCUUGAUGGGAUUGAAAAGUGACGGGUCACCUUGGCCUCAUGUGGGCAAACAAAAAAGAACAACUUACGGAGGAGUUUCGGGAAAUGCCAUCAGGCCCAUCGCCUUGAGAGCAGUGUCAUCCAUAGCUAUCUCCUUACCAGGUUUUCCAAUAUUGGCAACAGGAGGCAUUGACUCAGCAGAAGUUGGAUUGCAGUUUAUUCAGGCUGGUGCCUCUGUCUUGCAAGUUUGUAGUGCAAUUCAUAAUCAGGACUACACUGUCAUUGAGGAUUACAUUCUGGGACUCAAGACAUUACUGUACUUGAAAAGUAUUGGUCAUUUUUCAUCUUGGGACGGACAAAGUCCACCUACCAUAAAACACCAGAAAGGAAAACCAGUUUUAAAAGUGGCUGACCUUGUAGGCAAACCUCUGCCAUCAUUUGGACCAUAUCAAAAACAAAGGGAAGCCAUCAUAGCUGGACUAAAGAAGAAACUAGAUCUGCUGGAGGAUGACCAAAAACCACCACCACUAAGGCCAGCAUUGUCACCUGAGCAACCAGUGCCCAGAGUGGUUGACCUGAUUGGUAAGGCAGUAGACAAAAUCACAUCCUACUCUGAGCUGGACAACACUGACCAGGUCAUAGCGCUUAUUGAUGAGGACAUGUGUAUCAACUGUGGUAAAUGCUACAUGACCUGUAAUGACUCUGGCUACCAGGCCAUUUCCUUUGACUCUGAAACUCAUUUACCUCGAGUCAACAAGAAAGAUUGUACAGGCUGUACUCUGUGUCUCUCAGUUUGCCCCAUUGUUGAUUGUAUCAAAAUGGUUGCUAGAGAAGAUCCUUACAUCCCAAGACGUGGAAUACCUCUCGGAACUAAACUAAAUUUUCCCCCUGCUGUAGUCGCAGUUUAAUUGACUCAGCAUAAAUGUUUUAGCUUGUUGUCAUGCACCAAAUGAAAUGUUAUUUCUAUCUUGUUGGAUCCACAAAAUUCUGUUCUAUUGUUUAUGUACACAAGAAAUUUCAAUAUGGCUGUUGUUGUUUUUGGUUCCUUUGUUGCUGCUAUUUAGAGUACUUGUUAAGAAAUUAUAUUCACAUAGUUUUCAUAGCUUUACCUUAUUAUAAAGACAUGUGACUUAAAGUAGAUCUAUUAGCCUUUUUCACAGAUGUGGGUAAUUUUUAUUUCUUAAUGAUAACACAAAGUCCUAGAGAAGAGAGUUUAUAAUAAUGUUAUAAUAUAUUGACUUUACACAUUAUAUUUAAAACAUUUUUAAUUCAUAAAGUUAAAAAUGCUUAAAAUAUCUUUUUACUAAAAUUAUGUUAACAAAUAAUUAUCUGAUUUAUUUUGUAAAAAAAUUAUUUCAUUUGUUUUAACUCAUUGAUUAAAGAAGUUGUAAAUUAUAAGUUGUAAUUUUUGUCAUGAUUUUGUUUUGAUAGUUGUGUUGUUCAGGCUAUCAAUUAUACUUGACAGUCUUUUAAAUGAUGCUUACAAACAUGAAAUGUUACACAUUGUAUAUGAUUAUCAGAACAAAAGAAUUGUUGUAGUAAGAUUACUUUUUUUAUAAUCUUCUUAUCUUAUAUUGCUGUGGCAUUUUACGUCUCGAGAGACGAUCUUUUCCCUUUGCAACUUUUUGUGUGACUAAAGAGGCCAAUCCUUGAUACACAGCUGCAAUCGCAGGUUGGGCAUAUAUAAUCACCAGGCGCUGUUGCAUUUUCACCCUUCUUUCUGCUUCUGUUGUGUAUGACAUCUGCAAUCUGUGACCCUUCCUUUAUGCUCUCUCUCCAUGUGGAUCUGUCCAGUGCCACCUCUUCCCAGUUGCCAGUGUCUUAUAUAAUACAGACGUUACUUCAAAAAAGAUGAUGAUUACGUCCUACGCGUUAUGCAUUUAGUCAUGCAUAUUAACCAAUGACUUCACUGGUUUUCCUGGCUAGCUCAGGCAAACCAUUCCAUGCUCUAAUAGCACUAGGGAAUAAGGAGUAUUUGUACAAAUUUGUCCUAGCAUAUGGGACGAGGCAUGUGCCUUUAUCUUUGUGUCUUUCAGAGUUAUAAUUAUGAGACUGUAUCCAUCUUGUUACAGAAAUAGUUUUAUUUUUGCAUAUAUGAAUGAUUAUUAUGUUAUUGUUAUGGCCUCCAUAAGUCUCAAAAUGACUAUGGAUAAUCACAAAGAAAUUAAAUGAUUGCCUGGCCAUUAGAUAUGGUUGAACAUUAUCGCCCACACAGUUUUCCCAUCUGCAGAUGUGUCCAGUAGAACGGGAAGUGCUGAUACAGUUUGGGAUCAGUAGCAUCACAGCUCAGCCAGGGUGUAGCACUGUGUGCUGCAAGCUGUUAUGUGCUUUGGUUUAUUUUUGUCAAAGAAAUAUUUCACCAUUGUUAUUUCUCAAUAUUUGUUCGAAAAAUCUCUAUAUGAACCUUCUGCAAAGCUAGUCAUCAGCAAAAUAUAUUUGUAAAGUCAAGCUUCUUUGAGUUUCAAUUAUAAAGGCAAUUGCCUUAUCACUUAAAUCUAAUUAAUAUUUACUUAAUUUUUUAAAUUACUAUUUUAGAAAUAACAAAACUUAUUUGAAACUGGAAGAUUAGCCAGGCCCUUUAAUUUUGAUAACAAUCUGAUUUCCCUUAAAAACUUCUUCCAGGAUUUCACUUUUUUUUUCAAAUUGCUGUUGUAUAAUAAAUAUUUCAUGCUGUAGCCAAGUCUGUGUGCUAAGGUCUAAUCUCUUUUGUGGGCAUGUGAAAGGUAGUGGUAUCUGGGAGAGAUAUCCAUGCUGCCAUUAGAUGCAAGCACAAC